ACUCCAAACUACCGGUGCAUACCGGUGCCGAUAAUCCACCUAAUAUUGGGCCCCUUUUUAGCCCACUCGACCCACUGUUGGUCGCCGGAACACACCUGUCCACUAAAUAUUGGCAAUUACUGCCCUACCGGGCCAACCACUGUGGCCCUUGCCUGUGGUCCCAACUUUGAGUCCACCGUUAUUGAGGUAGAUCUCAAACCUCGGAUUGUCGGUGCGUCCACUCCCGGUGCCGUUCGCUCAACACCACCAGUCCUCCCAGUGCUGCCUGUUCUACCAGUGCUAUCCCUUUCCCACUCGACCUGUCCUCCAGAAUCGCUCGAUUGUCAGCUCCUAUGCCGACAAAUAGGGUCUCUGGCUGUGCGAUGCUGUCGUGUCCCAGUCGACCCUCGCCGACCACCGUGUAGAUAUACUUAUGUGAAUAUUGUACGUAUCCGAGUCGACACCAACCGGUACAUGCAAUGGACAUAUACGAUGGACGAGAUUGAAAAUGAAUUCAAAGUCGUGAAAAUAGAUGUGAAUAAUGAACUUGCUAAAUUAGACAGGGAGGGCCGGACUACCGAGGGCUUGGAGUUAAUAGGAUAUAUAGAAAGUAUUAACGGACUGAUUGAGACCAUUGAAAUGAGCAAGCCCACACUCCUACCCGAUACACAAAACAUGACGUGUCUAGUUGAGCAUGGUGUUGCACGUUUAGAGGGA